UGGAAAGUUCGUCUUUCUGACCCCCCGAAAAAUUCCAAAGCGUCUUUCGCCGCUCAGAGAGCGCACAGCAUCACUCCGAAAGAUGGCGGAGCAGACGAGAUGAAGCUCGCGGAAAGAAACAGCUGUCCCCAACUAUAAUCCCUUUUGGAUAAGACGACCUCAAGAUGGCCGAUUACAAUCUGACGUCAGUAUCGGAGGUAGCGGACCCGACGGGCCACAACGGCAGCGGCACGUCCGACGCGAGCGAGCCGCUGCACUUCCGUAUGGUGACGGCGGUCGUCUACAGCGCGGUCUUCAUCGUGGGUCUCCUGGGCAACUCGCUGGCCAUCUUCGUGCUGAUCCGCUACGCCAAGAUGAAGACGGUGACCAACACGUACAUCCUGAAUUUAGCCGUAGCGGACGAACUCUACAUCCUGGGAAUCCCCUUCCUGGCCACCAACAGCGUGCUUUACUCUUGGCCCUACGGCGAUUUCUUCUGCAAGAUGUGCAUGACCGCCGACGCCAUGAGCCAGUUCAUGUCGACCUUUUGCCUGACGGUGAUGAGCAUCGACCGCUACCUGGCGGUGGUUCACCCCAUCCGCAGCGCCCAGUGGAGGACGCCGCAGGUGGCCAAGAUUCUCAGCGGCUUGCUGUGGCUGGUGUCAUUUCUGGUGGUGCUGCCCGUCACCAUCUACUCGCACGUGCAGGACGGCCUCAACACCUGCAACAUCACCUGGCCCGAGAUGCAGAGCUGGUGGUCCGUCGUGUUCAUCCUCUACACAUCCAUCCUGGGGUUCUUCGGACCGCUCUUCGUCAUCAGCAUCUGCUACUUGCUCAUCGUCGUCAAGGUCAGGUCAGCGGGCGUGCGUGCGGGUGUGACGAAGCGGCGCAAGUCCGAGCGGAAGGUGACACGCAUGGUGGUGAUCAUAGUCCUGGUCUUUGUACUUUGUUGGAUGCCCUUCUUCACGACCAACAUCGUCAACCUGGUUCACAUCAUCCCAGAGAACAACGCCACGGUGGCCACCUACUUCUUCUUAGUCAUCCUCACCUACGUCAACUCCUGCGCCAACCCGAUCCUCUACGGCUUCCUCUCGGACAAAUUCAGACAGAGCUUCCAAAUGGUGCUCUGUUUCCACAAACCCGCCCCGGUUGGCGCUGCAGAGCACAGGGUAGCGCAACGGGACGCAACCCAGGACACCCCAAGAGACAACCGGGAUCUUCUUUGCCAGGCCAGCCAACCUCACCACAAUGGAAAUGCGCCAAACAUCCAGUGCAUCCAGACGGCGGCCGUUGAAAAACCUGACAACGAGCCUCUAACUGCCCUGCCCUGCUCAAUGGAUGUGGCACCAUUUUGCCGCGGAACUCAAGCUGACUAAAAUUCAACCGUCCAUUAUUAUUGUGCUUAUCAGAGAUGCUGCGAGGAUUACAUUCAAUGGACCUUUCCGACCUGUCAAUCACUCGUACAAUUAUAGCCAAUCAGAUAGCCGCAUUGAUUUAACACCUGGCUUGACACGCCCCUCUCGCCGUAUUGUCCCACAAGGAAUGCCGGUUGUCAGUAGCAGGCGCUUGGAAAAGUUAAUGUUACGAAGAAAAUGGUCCUCAGAUGCGCUUGGGGAACGUGCAAUUCUGAUGAAAGAUAUCCGGCUGGGUUGCAAGGGGCCCACUUGAUUCAUUUUCCAACACCUAAAACAGAGUUGACGAAGUGUCUACGAUGGAUUAAGGCUCGCGGAAAUGUCUAUUUGCAUUGCAUCGGACUUUUAAAACAGAGCACUGGGUUCUAUUAUGAGCCAAGUCCACUCACUCGUAAAGACUACAAUGAUAUUACUCGUGAUCUUUCUAAGUAAAAAGUACUCACCCUGCUUUACGCGCGCAGUACGAUUUCACUAUUUUAUCCUGUUGGAUUUCAAUAUGAAGUUUGUGAGGCGUCAAACUUUUUUUGCAUUGAUGGCCAACGUUUUGCUGUAAAUCUGACAUUGCGUCCAACUCCGUCCAAAAUCGUAAUCCCGCGUAAAUUCCUUGCGUGAAAUAGUUGAGACCCCUCUUUAGAACUCUCUUGGACAAGUCCGACGCAUUUGCCAAAAAACAUACCCCAAUGUUAUCUGGAAUACGCGGUAGAGAAUCGACUUUAAACACGUUUUGUUCAGUUUUUGUUAGUUUGUGGGACAUGGCUAAGGGGGCGGAGCUUAAGAUUGCCAUCGGAAAGGUCCAUUAUGGAGAACCUCUGCAAAAUACAAGACGUGGUCAUUUUUAAAACUCGAUUAAUCUUCAAAGAGUUCAAAAAACUUCAUGUCCUUUUUUUUUUUUUUUUUUUUCAAACUUGAUAUUACUCAUUAGAAUAAGGGGAAUUAAUCCAUGACCAAAAGCAGUAUUUUUGUUUGAUGUUCAUUUGUCGUGGUUUUACAUGUGAAGGUUUUCGGGAAAUAAUGUGUAAGUGUUUCCUCUCCAGCUAGAGCAAUACAUAUUAAUACGGUGACGCGACAAAGAUGACAACCUUUUUUGUCAAAAUGAAACUGCUCAACUCAGGUCAACGUAUUUUUCGUGGCGCCAAGAUGCCGCCAAAGAACUAUUUUUGUCUAAACGAAAUGCCUCGCUUCACUUCAACAUAGUUCCUUGCGCACCCCGAUCCCACAAGAUGCUGGCAUGGUGCUAUUUUUUUUUUUUUUUUUAAUCAAAACCAAACAACUCAUUUCAACAUAGUCCUGAUUAAUGAUGUUUGUGCCCUGCUUGAAGCUUAGGUUAUGACAUUUUGUUUUCAUCUUUUUUUUUUUGCUGCAAGAAUAGUAUAUAUAACCUUAGGAUUAAAAAUGAAAAAAAAAAUCUCCCAAACAAAAAAAAACAUUAUUUAAUCUAAGUAAUUAAUCGGUGCAAAAACUAAAUUUGGAUAUUCCAGUCAACUUUUUCAAUGCAAAAUAUAUAAUGUAGGAGUUAUCAUUCUCAUCGCGAUAUGUGAUCAAUAUGUGAUGUCCUCUAAAUCCCAGUGUUGAUCUGAAAACAACCGAAAUAUUAAAUUGUCUUGUAACCCUUCUGUUGUCACUUUUUGGUCAAAUAUUUUCAUUUUUUUCCAUAAAUCAUCACAUUGAUGUUUUUGGCUACAUAAACGUUUGCACAUUGAGUAAAUUAAUGAUGCUGAAUUUCUUUUGGAAAGACCUCGACUGACUCAAACAAGUGCUGUAAUAAAUGAUAAUAAAGUGUCACAGUUUUAUUA